UGGGCACAGUACAUUUGUUUUUGGUGAGUUAGGUAUGAUCGGAAUUUAGUGUUACGAAUAUGAGACCUAUAUCGAAGAUGCCAUUGGUGGACCUCGUCAUGAUUGACAUUGAUGAAACACGAGGUGAAAAUGCGCGUUGAGAUCUGUUAGAUCGGGACACGGAGGAGUUGAAAGAGGUUGAACAUAUGUGGUUUUCGUGAUCUUAAUAUAUCUAUGUGUGGUGCUAUCUUGGAGAAAUGGUGUGCAAGCGCCAUCAUGUAUACCUAACGGUGUCAUAGAAGUAAAUGAUCCAAACAACGACUACAAUGAAUACACUAAGACUGGCUCCAACCCCACGUGUGAUGAAUUAAAAAAGGAAAAAACAUAUCACUACAAAGAAGGUUCCACUAGUGUCAAGCUGGCGACCACUUGUGUCCCGCAAAUGUACUGCGGUGGCGUUAUAAAUGGGUGGAUAAGAGGUAAACAUCCGCAACCUGACAGUGAAAAAGAUGCUGAUAUCUGUGUUAGAAGAAAUGACAAUUGCUGCUCGGAAAAGUAUCGUGUCAAGAUAAAGAACUGCGAUGGGAAAUACUACUAUAAAAUGAAGAAAGACAUUGACUGUUCCCCCAAAAGACGGUUAUGCACCAGUCGCCAACCAGUGGUCGAGACUGAUCCCUGUGAUAGCAGUCCGUGCAAAAAUGGGGGAACUUGCGUUAUCUUUCCAAGAUAUAAUUACACCUGCCAAUGCGAAUCUCAAUAUACCGGUUUUAAUUGUGAAUCAGAAGUACCCACGAUUUCAGACCCAUGCAACUCAAGUCCUUGUAAAAAUGGAGGAACAUGCUACCCGUCAGGUCAAUCGUACACUUGUACUUGUUUGCUUUUAUUUUCGGGGAAGGAAUGUCAAUUUUCUGAUUCUGGUGAAUCAACUGCAUCAACAGCAACAGCAGCAGCAACAACAGCAACAACAACAACAACAUCGGCAUCUGCUUCUUCAUUAGAAAUCUCAAGCCCGAACGUUGCUACAUCCACUGCUACGAGCCAGAACACAGCUGCACACCCAUCUGCUUCUAGCCGUUCUUCUUCUCAGGCCACUAGCUCAUCUUCUCCUAACGCCGGUAGCUCAACCGACAAUAGUGGGAAUAGUACUUCAUCGACACAAUCAGCCAGUGCUACUUCUCAGGCCACAUCUGGUGUAAGUUCAAGUCUAAUACCACCUACAACCACCACAAGCAGCAAUUCACAACUGACAACUACGAAUACCAACUUUCCAAGCAGCACACUAACAACAGCAACAGUCUCGAACUCUCCUUCUACAGGAAUGCAGCCUACUCCAUCUCCAACUGUUUCUGGAACUGUUACUCCUUCAGCUUCUUCAACAGCAUCUUAUGAUGGUUCUACUACCAACAAACCAACUGCUUCUUUGCCUGGUAUAGCAUUAACGCCUGCUUUUUCUGCAAGUACUCCUGGACUUGGUACAGUUGCCAGCUCGUUUUCUAGUAACGCUUUAGUGUCAUCAAGUGCUGCGCCGACUUCUGAGAGAGUCGAUGGUGGCUUCAGCGAAUGGGGUGCGUGGGGUUCCUGCACCAAGUCCUGUGGUACUGGAAACAUGACAAGGGCGCGAACGUGCACGAAUCCAGCCCCAGCGAACAAUGGCUCGACUUGUAAUGGCUCAUACGCUGAUACACAAGAAUGCAAUACUAAUCCUUGUCCAAUUGAUGGAGGCUGGACUGAAUGGACAUCGUGGUCUUUCUGUAACAAGCCUUGUGGUACGGGAUCUUCGCAAAGGACUCGCUCAUGCUCCAAUCCUACGCCUAUGUACGGUGGCCAACCAUGUGAUGGACUUAACACAGAGGAAACCCCAUGCAAUAGCCAUCCUUGUGCUGCUGCCAUGAUGCAAUAUGUCGUACGUUUUACAAAAGAAGAGUUCGACAUUAAGUUAGAAGACAAAACUUCAACAGAAUGGAAUGAUAUGAAAGACAAGAUAUCAUUCAACGCUAAACAAGCCUAUGCUAUUGAAAGCAACGUUAUCUACACUGAAGUUCUUUCACACAGGAAUGGCAGUAUUAUCAGUACGUUCAAUCUCAGUUACUCAGGCAUCGACUCCAUCCAGGUUGUUCAGCUUUUAGAAAGCAUCGAAUGGAGAGGACUAUUUGGAGUUUUACCAGCACAGAUUUUAACUAUAAUUCCAGACGUUG